AUGGCAGUGGGCACCAGCGUCAAGACAGAGCUCAUGCCUGCCGCAACUGAGCAGCAGCGGCCACAACCACAACUCCAACAGCUACAACAGCAAAAGAAAGUGGUGAAAAAAAUCCAUUAUCCAUUCUGGUUCGGCGGCUCAGCCUCAUGUUUUGCUGCUGCUGUUACGCAUCCAUUGGACCUUGUGAAGGUCCGAUUACAAACCCGCGCUCCCAAUGCGCCCAAAUCAAUGCUGGGCACGAUCGUCCAUAUCGCUAAGAACAAUGGUGUUUUGGGGUUAUACAGCGGCCUUUCCGCCGCCAUACUUCGACAAAUGACAUACUCAACAACCCGCUUCGGUAUAUACGAAGAAUUAAAAUCUCGCUUCACCGACCCGAACACUCCCCCCAAAACGCUGAGCUUACUCUGGAUGGGCUGUGUAUCAGGCUUCAUAGGUGGAAUAGUCGGUAACGGAGCCGAUGUGCUGAAUGUUCGGAUGCAACACGACGCCUCAUUACCAGCACACCAACAACGGAACUACAAACACGCCAUUGAUGGCUUCAUUCGCAUGGCCCGCGAAGAAGGUACAACCGGUUUGUUUCGCGGCGUAUGGCCAAAUUCGACCCGGGCAGUGCUCAUGACAGCCUCCCAGCUCGUCUCCUACGACAUUUUCAAACGUAUAUGCACCGACCAACUCGGCAUGCCGGAUAGUCUCUCGACGCAUUUUACGGCGUCAAUAUCAGCGGGCUUUGUGGCGACAACGGUUUGCAGUCCCGUGGAUGUGAUCAAGACGAGGAUUAUGACCGCGUCGCCCUCAGAAAGUAAGAGUGGGUUGAUGCAUUUGUUGCGUGAUAUAUAUCGCAAGGAAGGUGUGUCGUGGAUGUUUAGAGGGUGGGUGCCGGCCUUUGUGCGUUUGGGACCGCAUACUAUUGCUACGUUUUUGUUCUUGGAGGAACAUAAGAAGUUAUAUCGCAAGAUUAAGGACUUAUAA